UGCCUUUUCACAUAAAGUAGUUUCAUAUGUGUGGUUGAUGCUGUUUUUAGAGGCAAAAUGGCGUCUGCGACGAUUGAGGACUUGUUUGACCACAACAGAAUCCCAAAUGGUGUUUCCUUUUUGAUCUUUUUGUUAUAUUGUCCAUUUGGUGUGUUGCUAUGUUUGCUGAGACUUAUCUUCUGUGUGCAGUUGGGAAUUAUCCUGGUCAUUUUGCCAAAAGCCUCAUUCAUAAGAAAGAUUAUUUUGAGAAUUUGUGGAACAAUACUUGGCAUCAUUUUAAUUGUCAAGGACCAAGAGAAAUCAGAUAUUUUUAAGAUCUUGGUUUGCAAUAACAUAUCAACACUAGACAGCUUGAUAAUGGAGUCAGUUGAAGCACAUGUAUUGGUCUCAAAACGUUUUCGAUACCCAGCAUUUAUACAAUGGAUGAUGGGAUACAAAAGCUUUUUACCUUCAAUCACCGCAAUUUCUACCCAAAUGAAGGAAGACCAAUCCAUGUCAGAAUCAAAGUGCUCUGCCUUAGUUUUUCCUGAGGAGUCUGCUACAAAUGGAAAAGUUUCAUUAUUGAAGUUUAGUCCUUGGCCAUUUAAGUAUGGUUGUGUUUAUCAGCCAGUUCUGCUAACUGCUAAAAGACCGUCCAUAUUGCCAAUAAAGCUGUCUGUUGUCAAUGGAACUUUUUGGAGUGACUUUUUAUGGACGUUGUUUGUUCCAUAUACAAUAUUCAGAAUCAGGUAUUUAUUGAAAAUGGAAAAGCAAGAAUCCAUGACUCCGGAAGAUUUUGCCAAAGUCAUCAACCGGGAAAUAUCCAAUGCCUUAUCGCUCCAACCAAGUCAAUUUGAUGUAAAUGACAAGAAGGAAUAUAUUAAAAGAGUACAAAAAACCAUGCAAGAGAUGCAAGAAGCCAGACAGCAAAUACCUCCAAGAAGACAACUACAGCAACAAAAUGCGAUGCCAAGGGUGAACUCUACUGCAAAACUUGACAGAUUGGUUCAACAAGUCAAAGAUGUGUUUCCACAAAUUCCAAGAAAUGUUGUUCGUCAAGACAUAAUGAAGACCAACUCGGUAGAUGUCACGUUAGGCAAUAUUUUGGAGGGAAGGCUGUCAUACACCCCUCUAACAGAGGAAGAAAGCCUUGCAGAAAGAAGACUGCAUAAAGAGAAGACAAAGCCACCAGUUCGAAAUAAGACGAUUGACACAGGAACAUCGAGAAAAGGAAUGUCAUAUCAAGAAAGGAAGCAUAUCAUGAUUGAGGAAGCCAAAAGGCGAUACUUAGAAAGACACCCAGAAUACUGUUCAGAUUUACUGAAAAGUGUGGAGAAAUGAUUCGAGCACAUGCCCAUUGAUUGUCUGAAUCCAUUGAUAAUGUAUUUUGCUGCUACAGUGAAAUUUGCAUUUACCAUUGUGGACAAUGUAUUUUAGCAACUGUAAAGUGGGCCAUAAUUCUAUUUUGCCAUAAUCUGAAUUAAUCAUCAAAGGUCAAAGAUACUGUUAUGGUGUUAAGCAGAUAGCUCUUUCACUUCAGAGAAAGUGUGAUAGUAUGGUUAUUUGCUUCUUCAACAAAAAUUGUAUAGUGUAUAAAGUUUUCUUGCUGGAUUCAUUCUGUCUUAUGAUGCAACUGGUUUAUCUGCCUUAAACAGUAAGAAGCACGAUUUACUAGGGCCCAGUCCCAGCAGCAUCUGUAACCAGUAGAAGUCUGGAUCUCCUUGUUGCUGGGCUGUUUUUAAUACUAGAUCAUUCCUGUUUCGUCACGUCUUUAUUAAAUCCAAUACAUUCCAAAAGUCAUGGUACAUCUCCAUCUCCCCCUCCAAACUAUGUUGUUUUAUGUUAUGUUAAGGGACCCGGUAUUGCCCAAUUUUUUCCUGUUAGAUAAUGACUUGGUUAAAUUUUCGACCAACAUUAUUUCUAGAGAGACAGGGUACGAGGUUUGUCUUCUCUACCAGAAAAUGUUAACUUUUUCCAAGGAUCAAUCGUUCCAAAUAUAUUUGCAGGGAUUUUAGCUUUUGUUCCGUUUGUUUACGUUUUUUAGAAUGAUUACCUCAAAACUGUAGUCCUAUCUUCCACAUACUUUUGAGUUAAAUAAACGCACAUAUUUUCUGUCUGUUCAAACUUUUUUGUGGAUCUAUAUUACGUCUUUACAAAUUGUCAUCCCAAUUCAGCUUUCUUGUAAAGCGAAGAGAAUGUAAUCGAUUUUUCGCUAACUCUAGAGUACAAGCUAAAUCGCUUCAAAACGAAUUACGGAAUGUGUACCAUAUAAAGUUUGUUGUUA